UCUGCUUCUUUAAAGAGCAGCCAAAAAAAAAAUAACCCUUUAAUAAACUUGAUGUACUGUGGUAGACGAAUUUUGGAUUGUUUUGUUUUAGAAUAUUGGAAUUUUCUACGAAUCUAUAGAUAUGGCGAAAAAAAUACGAAUUAAUUAUAUCAAGUGCGUGGUUUAGUAUGGCUUUUGAGUCAUGUAAAUGCUGAAAUUAGUUGACAAUGGAUUACAAAGUGUUAUUAAAGUUUUUGUUCCUAUGUGCUUCUUCUUUAAUAGUAUUUAGUGCUGAACGGGCAUCAUUUUAUGGAAACAGUUACAUUGCUAUACCUUUUAAAGAAUCCAAAUCAAAUACCGAUAUAUAUUUUAAGUUCAGGACCCGCUUAGCAAAUGCGUUAAUAUUGUUAGUAGCUGGGACAACACAUUAUUGUAAAGUAGAUAUAGAAAAUGGAAAACUUAGGGUUGUUGUUAAUCUUGGAUUUGGAGAAGCAGAACUUGUGUCCCACUCUGUAACCAAAUUCAAUGACUUUAAAUGGCAUGAAGUUACAUUAAGUAGAAGGGAUGCAAAUUUAUCAAUGGUGAUUGAUAAAGCCAGAAGAUUGCAGGUACAUAUCCCUGGUAAAAACUAUCAAAUGGAUAUACAUUAUGGUCUGUUUGUUGGAGAUCAUAGAAACAAGAACAAUUCUGAUUUAUUUUUUGGACACAUUAAAACGUUUAGGGGUUGCCUUUCCGGAUUAAAAUACAAUGCUGUUUCUGUAUUGGAAGUGGCAAGACAACGUCAACUGCAUGCUACAGUAGAAGGUAUUACUUGGAAUUGCGCUGCUGAAUUUGAAGCAACAUCUGACCAGAGUAUAAGUUUUGUAGAGGAUGACGCAUUUUUAGUCAUACCCCAAAAGAGUCGCAACAAAGAAAUUCAGAUUCGAAUGGAAGUGAAAACUACUGUAAAUAAUGGAUUGAUCUUUUACAGUUCAGCAGUUUCUAAACAGGAUUUUUUACUUAUUGAGGUUACCAAUCAUACCUUAAGUGCUGUAGUUAAAAUGAGUGACAAACUUUCAAAGCUUCAAAUACCUGAACAGAAAGUCUCUGAUGGUUCAUGGAAUAAAAUUGCGUUUCACUUAACAACUACUUCUUUAGAAUUGUUAUUGAAUGAUCAGCUUGAAUUUUCAAAAAACAUUCAUGCUGCUGUUUUGCAAUUAGGCGACGUGUCUUAUGUAGGCGGGUUAGAGAGCAGUAGAAAAUUUAGGGCCACUCAAAAAGGAUGCGGUCCUGCAUGCGACGUUAGUUUUAAGGGUUGUCUACGUGGGUUAUCAAUUAACGAUCAAGUUCGAGGUUUGCCGGAUGUGCUGUCAUCAGAAGGUCUUCUCCCAGGUUGCGUGUGGGAAUUCCCUUGCUUACGAGGUCCAUGUUUAGAGGGCGCCACUUGUUUACCGCGUGGUCUCGACUCCUUCCAAUGUCAAUGCGACCAUGAUCCUUUUGCCAACUGCAUGCAACAAAAUUAUUCAGAAGGCUAUUCUAUAUUUUCACAUGCAUCUAGUCUUGCAACAGAACUAGAAUUGUUAUCGGUAGAGCCAUUGGAGGUGUUGGAGGGUGGAAGUGAAAUUAUCACCACAACCAAUCUGCAUUUGGUACUUGAUUACCACAAAUUUGGCAUCCAAGAUGUGGGAGUAGUGUUUUCUGUCGACGUUGCCCCCGAACGUGGGGCGGUUACAGUAGAUGGGUGGCCUCAGCGUAGAACAUUUUCAUUAUUAGAUGUCCUACGGGAUAGAGUUCAUUAUGUUAAUGACGGUUCAGAAGCAAGUCGUGAUAGUAUUUCACUUUCGGUCAAAUUUUCGACCGCCGACACAUUCACCCUUCCUGUAUAUUUGCAAGGCCGAUUUAAGUUUAUUUUGGCAGUAAAUAUAGAACCCAAAAACGAUGCACCCAUACUUGACACGUCAGAAUCGAGGGUCCUUCGUAUAGUGCAGGGUUCAAAAAAAUUAAUCACAUCAGAUCUUUUAAAAACUGAAGAUCCAGACAACAGCCCUUUCGAAUUAGUUUACACAAUAAUAAAAUCUGAUUGUGGUUAUUUUGAGCAUUUGCGAAAAUUAGGAGCCAAAGUGGAUUCAUUUACACAAGAAGAUAUAGACAAAAAGAAAAUAAUAUUUGUGCACACGGGAACUGAACCUAAAGAUUCGUACCUUUCCCUGCAAGUAUCUGAUGGAAAUGAAGCGACCCAAGUUCACAAAAUAAGAGUGUCGGUAACUCCGCAGAUAUGGAGGUUGGAUAAGAACACCGGAUUACAACUUUUGCAUCAGACUUGGGUCGUGAUAACGCCACAGAAUUUAAGUUAUAGCUCGAAUGUGCCAAAUGCAGAUAACAAGGUUUUGUUCAAAAUAAUAAAAAAACCCAAAUUCGGAGAUAUCGAAGUAGAAAGUCUAAACACGUGGGAAGCUACUGAUGUAUUUUCCAAUACCGAUUUAAAACAGCAUCGUGUUAGAUACCGACAUUCCAUGGGCGAACCCCAGUUUGAUGAGUUUCAGUUUCGUACAGCAUUCAACAAAUCUAUGCUGUACACAUUUCGACUCACAUUUGUUGAAUGCAAAUUGUACCAAGUUGCUUCAAAAGUCUUAGAACUUAACAGUGCAUGGGAAGCUCCUAUUACGGCAAAGGCGCUAUUAUUUGAAAGUCAACCAACAAAAUCUUUAGCAUCGAUUAUGUACCAGAUUGUACAAUACCCAGAGUACGGCUACUUAUUUUCAUCUGUAUCGAAGUAUCAAUUAAAAUGCUUUGAUAACUUUACUCAGGAAGAUAUAAAUUCGGAGAAUAUUAGAUAUAGACUUUACCAGAAAGCCUUUUCGGAUGUUACCGAUCAAAUUGUUUUAAAUGUGAAAUCUAUAGGAUGUGGCAAUACCACAUCGACAAUUACCAUAAAGUACUAUCCUUCAAAUGAAGAUAAAUUUAAAGUUCAAGUGAAUAUAAAGCAGCUUGAUGUCGAAGAAGGCAUGUCAGCCGUUAUAGAUAGAGCUCACCUCCAUAUUAAUGCCAGCUUUGUUACGGAUUUGAUCUUUAAUGUAACAAACGGCCCCAAGUAUGGGAUACUACAAAUUGAAAAAGAAUAUGGCAUAUUACAAAACUAUUCUAAGUCAUUUAGUGCCCAAGAGCUUAAUGACAACAGAGUAUUCUACGUACAUGAUGGAUCGGAAACUACGGAAGACAGUUUCAAAUUUAUGGCAUUGUCAAGUUCAGAUGAAACAUUUCAAUAUGUCGGACAGUUUAUUAUAAACAUUCACCUAAAAAACGACCACAGUCCCAUAAGAAUUGUGGACAAAGUUUUUCAAGUAGUUGUGGGGGGUGAAAAAUUGCUAACAAGCAACGACCUCAAAUAUAUAGAUUUGGACGUGGGGACUCCAACAUCCGGCAUAAUAUACACGUGUCGGGAAAUUCCCAAUGGUCAAUUUUUCCACCUGAAAAACUUAAAUGAAAACAUAACCGAAUUUACUCAGGACGAUUUAGAUAACAGUUUAAUACUUUUCAAGCAUAAAGGUCCGGAAUACGGAAAAGUCAGACUGUGGGUAACUGACGGUCAGUUUCAUGUAAAUGGAAUAUUGGAGAUCCAAGCAUCGGGUCCUUUUAUUCAUGCCAAGAUAAACAAAAAAAUUCUGGUAGAAUCAGGAAAAUCUGUUCCAAUCACCACAGAAAAUUUAUUUUAUUCUACAAAUCUUUACGCGAAAGAUAGCGAAGUUUUAUUUCACAUUAUCAGCGGUCCAUCCUUGGGUAAAAUUGUCAGUUAUGACGGGUCUAACAUUUUAAAAAACUUCACCCAAGAAAGUAUUAAUAAAGGACAAAUCUUAUAUAGAAAUGACUUAGCAACAGGCAAUGCGGACGAAAUCGGACUGAAAAUACGAUGUAAGGAUGCUGUAAAUUUGGCUCAAGUAGGUAUUUUGAUCUUGCCAUCUUCUUACUGGGAACCGCUUCAGUUGAAACGGUUGAAGAAGCUGACUGUUGAGGAAUCAACUAGUAUGCUUAUUACCAAAGACAACCUUGAAGUUACCCAAGUAAAUGUCCCGUCUUCCAUAAUUAUGUACCAUUUACGUCAAAGGCCUCAAUACGGCUACUUGACGAUAUUGUCAGAAACAAAGAAUGGUAGCGAAAUAAUUAAUGUAGCAUGCUUUUCUCAGGAUUUAAUAAAUGAAAAGAGGGUACUAUAUAUACAGGCGGGGAUGAACCAUUCCGGGGAUACAAUAACAUUUAAUGUAACAAAUGGUUUAGUUUGGUUGACUAAUUUGCAGUUAGAAGUUAUAAUUAUACCUGACAAAUGGUAUCUUGGGAGCAAUGAAGUAAUUGUGCCUGAAGGUGGCUCUGUGCCAUUGUCUGCCGUGCAUCUUUUUGUGGAAACUGAAUACUAUCGGCCUAAGUUAAAAACCUUCCAGAUUGUAGACAAUUUUAAAUAUGGAUGCAUAUUAAUUUACCAACAGUGCAGCAAGACCAAUUCAUUUACUCAGAAUGACUUAGUAAAAGGAAUAGUUGAAUAUUCCCAUGACGGAUCAGAACAUUUAAAAGAUUGUGCUAAAUUUAUUGCCAAAAUCGAUGAUGGCAAGCAGAGCGAAAAAGUUGAACUUAAAGUGACAGUGAUCCCGAUCAACGACCAUAUACCUAAGUUAAUCAAUAAUACGGGUAUGGAAAUGUGGGAGGGAGGUCAGGCUGUGAUUACCAACUCUAUGCUAGCUGCUGUCGAUGAAGAUAGGCCUAAGGAAAUAUUGAAAUAUCGCGUUCAAAGCUGUUGGUGGGGCAACAUUUCCUUAAUAAGCGAUUCCAAAACUCCUUUAAAUUAUUUUACGCAAGAAGAUAUUAAUAAAGGAUUAGUUGUAUUUAAUCAUAUCAAUGGGUCGAGAGCUAGGUUUGCAUUUAAUAUUAGUGACGGAUUACAUACCACCAAAGAUUUCCUGUUUGAGAUAAAAACAAAACGGCCUUACUUGAAAUUGUUAAAGAAUAACGCUUUGCAUAUAUUUCCUCUGCAGAAAAAAAUUCUUUCUUCUGAUAACUUAUUCUCAAAAAAUUCCGAUGGUCGCCCUAUUUUGUAUCAGCUGAAGAAACCGCCUUCUUUGGGAAGACUGAUGAUGAAGUCAAAAAAAACGGAACACAAUAUAGUGGUGUCUAAUUUCACCCAAGGUGAUGUUAAUAACGGAACGAUAUAUUAUGAGCAUCUUCAUCCCUUCUCUGAUUUAUAUGCAAACGACUCAUUUACGUUUGACGUGAUCUCUCUCCUGGCACCAACUAUACAGAAUGAGGUAUUUAGGGUCGACAUAUCUGUAUCCUCUGGUGGUCUUGAUUCUUACGUCCAAAUACCUCGCAUUGCAGUUGAUGAAGGCGGAAUGACAAACAUUCAUUUGAAUUUAUCGGAAGUAAUUUCAUUCUUGGAAAUGCAUGCCGGGCUUCAUUCACCUGUUAUUCACGUUGCUGCGGAUAAUCCACACCACGGCCGGUUGUUUCUUCAGAACGACAAAGAUAGUGGAUUGAUGACGUUCACGCGUCUACAAUUUGAGUCUGGCUCAGUAUUUUACGAGCACGACAAUUCCGAUACACUUAACGACACCUUAAAAUUCUCGUUGUACUUGGUACCUGGGUAUAUUUUGUUGUGCAAUUUAACUGCAAACAUUACAAUUAAUCCCAUUAAUGAUCAACCAUUCCACCUAGUUACCCCCGCACCCAGCUUUACAGUGGUUCAAGGAGAGAACCACACUAUCACAAGACAAGAGCUUUGCACAGAGGACGUAGAUACUCCGCCAUCAGAUAUAAAAUAUGACUUAGUAAAUGGACCUUCGAGCGGGCGUCUUCUACUUUUACCUCAUUUAGAGCAAAUUGCUCAUUUUACUCAAGAGGAUGUAGAUAAUAGACGACUGAUUUAUGUCCAUGAAAGUGCGACCCUUAAAGACUCAUUCCACUUGCGCAUUUGGGACGAAAAAUUUAAGCCAGAUUUUACGUUUUUCAACAUAGUUGUCGUACCUGUGAAUUUAACCAUCAAAUCUGGUAUCCCGAUACAGGUGCGCCAAGGUAAUAACAUAGGAUUUCUGAGCGAGCAGAAUAUAUUCAUCCAAACAAAUGUAGAUAACACUAAAAUCACGUAUUUGAUAUCUAAACCGCCUAAACAUGGAGUUUUAUUUAAAGAAAACAACCAAACUGUAUCGUUUUCUCAAGUAGAUCUUUAUAGGAAUAACGUUAUGUACCUCCAGCUUGAUACUACUGCUUCAAACGAUACAUUUCAGCUUGUUGGUCAAGUCUCUGUAGGCAAUAUAACAUUUAAACAAGAAUUUGCUUUGGAUAUGGAAGUUAAACCCUUCAUGCACAUCAGUGACUGUACCGUUAGUUCGGGCGAAAUGGUGCGAAUUGGUUCAAGUAUAUUGGAUGCUACUCCGUUAGCCAAACUGACUAGUAGCAAUCCGAAAUAUUCUCUAAUCAAUAUACCCAAUUGCUGUGAGAUUAGAAAAAUCAUUCGGAGUUCAGGCGAACGUAAACACGUUCUGGAUACGUCGGUGGUUACUUUCACACAUGAAGAAAUUCAAGGAGGUCUGAUAUAUCUCCACGCGAAGGAUUUCAAUGUACCUGAACCAGGUGUAAGAGAAAAAAUUGUUUUCUUACUUUCCGCUAGUAUUUUCCAACCGGCCGUUGGAGAUCUGACAAUCUACAUAAGUCCACGUAAGAAUGACUAUUCCAACUUACCAGAUCCGAGCGACCCAGAAGGACACGAAGGUGAUGUCUUACUGACAACCCCAAACAUGAUGAGAGAUUAUGUACUAAUAGUCACAAUUAUUCUGGCAGUUGUUAUAACAGCGAUCGUGGUCGUCAUCAUAUUAAAAUGCAAGGCAAUGGAACGUAGGACUUCUUCUAAGGAGGAAGUUCCUCUGGGUCCCUUACCCAGACCCCCCGAUCGCUUAUUAGCCUCCCCUGUGAAAAUGCAACCCCCUGCGGCGCCACCGCAAUGUAAAGUAACUCCGCUAGGUAUAAAUGAGUUUGAUACACCAUCACCUCAUGCGGGUUAUCCCUAUGGAGUAGGCGACGAGCUAGUGGACGAUUGGAGUAGUAUUGAUAAUGCGUCAGACCAAGCUUCGAAGAGUAUUAUGCUACGCAGGAAUCAAUAUUGGGUUUAGCAUUAUGCUAUAUGUUAGUUCCGUUGUUUCUCUACUUUUUUAUUAAGUUUUUUAAGAGGUUUGACUGAUUUAGCGCUAAAAUAUUUAAACUAGCUGUAAUAAAAAUUAAUUUAUAGAAUAUUUUUCUAUCAGACAGGGUCGUGGCUUGGAUUAAACUAGAUGAAAGCGGGAUUUGAAUCAGGUAUUUUUGUACUUAAAUAUCGAAAUCUAUCGGGCCGCAUCUAGUUCAAUUGUUGCUAAAAUUGUUUACCGCGUAACUGCUGGUCUAAUUUUUAACAAAUUAAAAGUUUAAUAAGACUAAUACUAUAGAAAAUUAAAUAAAUCAAAUAAAACAGGUGUAAUCUUAAUUAUAAUAAAUUAUGAAUCCUUUAAGACUAUAAGAUUCUUUGUUUAAGAUAUGUUUUUAAAUUAAUUAAAAAUCUUGUUAAGUA